UAGAGUAAGAGUAAGCGUCCUCAAACUUAAUAACAAAGAUUUGUUUUAACAUUUUUUACAUACUCCCAAAUUUAAAUACAUAUAUUUAUAAACAUUUCAAAUGGAGCGUUGGCAUAAUCGCAUUGCUGUAGUCACUGGUGCCAGUUCGGGCAUUGGCACAGCUGUCGUAAAAGAUCUUGUGCGCGAGGGUGUUAUUGUGGUCGCCUUGGCGCGUCGCAUGGACAGAUUGGAGGCGAUACGCAACACUUUGCCCAAGGAUCAACAAUCACGGCUGCAUGUACAAAAAUGUGAUGUGACAAAGGAAAAUGAUGUGAACAACACAUUCGAUUGGAUUGAACAAACACUUGGCGGUGUAGAUAUUUUAGUUAAUAACGCUGGCGUGCUAAUACCAGGAGCCUUACUAACACAGAGUCUUAGCGAAAUCAAUCAGGUGCUGCAAACAAACAUUGUGGGCGUGGUUCAUUGUACACAACGCGCUUUUAAGUCAAUGAAGUCGCGUAAUUUCGAUGGGCAUGUGUUCCUCAUAAACAGCCUAACUGGACAUGGUGUGUUGAGUUGUCCACCGGAUGAGGUGCCCAAUUUCAGUAUUUAUGGACCAAGCAAAUUUGCUAUCACUUCGAUUACGGAGGUUUUGCGGCAAGAGUUUCGUGGCUAUAAAACUAAAAUUAAAGUUACUAGCGUAAGCCCAGGAUUUGUGGAUACUGAAAUUGUACCAGACACAUUCCAAAGCGAUUGUAUGUUGAACCCCGAAGACAUUUCAGCUGGUAUACUUUAUGCCCUCGGUACACCGCCGCAUGUGCAAGUGCAUGAAUUGACCAUUAAGCCAGUUAGUGAAGCUUAUUAGUCGAUUUCGUGAUUGUUUAUUUGUUUUAAGUGAAAGAAAAAAAAAAAAAAAAAAAAUAGUUACUUAAG